AUGAUUCCUUCCCAACACGAAAAUAUUGAUCCUACUGUUACUAACUCCAAUGGUCAGGAAUUAGCUAUAGUUUUGGCAGGUACUCAAGGAGAAAACCCAAGUCAGGGGCGUCAAAAUGCUAGAUACUCUCUUCGCCCGAGACCAACUCCCAAUCCCAAAUACACUCUUCCUCAUGCACUUUUGACUGAAGCAGACACCCAAAAUGAGCCAACUUGUUUCUCUGAUGACAAACACCCCUACUAG